GACAAAAACUAAUAACAAGAAAAAAUAAAGAAAGAAAGAAAGUGGUGAGGAGAGAUGAACACCUACCAACGUUCUUACACCUUCUCGUUCUUGCUAGUCUUCGUUGUCUUGAUUCUAUUUCAUCCAGCCCUUUCGACCCAUGUCAACACUUUGUCGUCUUCAGAGUCUCUCACAAUCUCAAGCAAGAGAGUACUUAUAUCUCCCGGUGGAGUCUUCGAGCUUGGUUUCUUCAAACCCUCGGGACGCUCGCGUUGGUAUCUCGGAAUAAGGUAUAGGAAAGUCUCUAAGACAACCUACGCAUGGGUCGCCAACAGAGACAACCCUCUCUCCAAUUCCAUUGGAACCCUCAAAAUCUCUAGCAACAAUCUUGUCCUGCUAGGUCAGUCUAAUAAUACUGUUUGGUCGACAAAUCUUACUAGCGGUAAUUAUGUGAGAUCUCCAGUGGAGGCAGAGCUUCUUCCCAACGGUAAUUUUGUAAUGAGAUACAAAGAGUCUUCAAGUGGAUUCUUGUGGCAGAGUUUCGAUUUUCCGACGGAUACGUUACUUCCGGAGAUGAAACUAGGUUACGAUCUCAAAACAAGGCGCAACAGGUUCCUUACAUCAUGGAGAAGUUCAGAUGAUCCGUCAAGCGGAGACACCAUGUACAAACUCAAUAUUCGAAGGGGAUUGCCUGAGUUUAUUCUUAUGCACGGACGUUUGAAAUCUCAAAGGAGCGGUCCUUGGAAUGGAAUCGGGUUUAGUGGCAUACCGGAGGUGCAAGGAUUAAAUUACAUGGUUCACAAUUAUACGGAGAACAGUGAGGAGAUCGCUUACUCCUUCCAUAUGACCAACCAAAGCAUCUACUCGAGAUUGACAGUCAAUGCCUCUACACUCAAUCGAUUCACGUGGAUCCCGCCAUCAUGGGCAUGGAGCACGUUAUGGGCUACACCUACGGACAAGUGUGACAUUGUUGAGAUCUGUGGACCUUAUGCUUACUGUUACCGAAGCCCGUAUCCUACCUGUAACUGUAUUAAAGGGUUCGUUCCCAAGAACCAGGGUAAUUGGAAAUUUGGAGACGGAUCAGAUGGGUGUGUGAGGAGCAUGCGGCUGAACUGUAGUGGAGAUGGUUUUUUGCGGCUCAACAAUAUGAAGUUGCCGGAUACUGUGACAGCGACUGUGGAUCGGAGGAUUGAUGUGGAAAAAUGUGAGGAGAGGUGUCUUAGCGAUUGUAACUGUACGUCGUUUGCGACUGCGGAUGUUCGAGCUGGAGGAGUGGGUUGUAUUUUUUGGACCGGAGAGAUCGUUGAUAUCCGCAAGUACGACGUCGGUGGUCAAGAUCUUUACGUCAGACUGAAUUAUGCUGCUGAUCUCGGUUCAAGCAUACUUAUGUGAGGAGAAAGAAUAAGAAGACUGAAGCAAGCGAAGAGAGUAACUGAAGUAUCAAGAAAUCGUUGAAGAAUAAUGAAGAUAGGAGUACACGUGUAUGUAUUCAAAUAGAAGUAUAAAUAAGUCAGUAUGAGUCUGUUAGACGGUUAUCGAAGAUUACAAUUGUAAACUUAGCAUAUGAGCUAGGUUCUACUCAGGUGCUGAGAGUAGAGUGGUACUCAGAUGAUGAGAGUAUCAUUGCAGUUGUAAUUCUCGAGUUGAUCCAUAUAUACUACGCAG